GCGCCGGGGGUCAGGUCAUUAGCAUUCUUGAUUCUGAACAAAGUUGCCAAACAAGAGGUCAGGCAGUCGACUUUUAGUUACAUUUUGAAAAUGACUCUAAGCGGUUUGCUAACGGCGCUGAUUUUAUUGCUUUUUAAUGGCCAUAACAUUUUGGCCAACUCGCUGCAGGAACGAAUUGUGGGUGGUGUGGAACUGCCCAUCAAUCUGUCACCCUGGCUGGCAUCCGUUAGUGUCCAUGGGAAUUAUAGCUGCAGUGCUGCUCUGAUUACUUCCCAGUGGCUGGUGACAGCAGCCCAUUGUGUCCACUACCCGGAUAGGUAUUCCGUGAGAGCAGGAUCCUCAGCCCCUGACGAGGGAGGACAGCUGAGGAAUGUAGCCAGGAUACUUCUACAUCCCAGCUUCAAUCUGCGCAUCCUAGACAACGACAUUGCCCUUUUGAAGGUAGAAAAGGCCUUUAACUUGGACUCUAACCUACAGCUUGUAAAGCUUCCCAUUCCCGGACUCAAUGUGGUUCCAAGGACCCUCUUGGUGGCCGGCUGGGGAACUGUGCACGUGAAUUCAACCUCUUCGGAGCAGCAGCUACGUGGCACUCUGGUGAAUCUCAUCAAUCAAAGACGUUGCAAGUAUCUCUAUUCGAGGAUCAGUCGUCCCGUCACGGAAAACAUGAUUUGUGCAGCUGCUCCUGGAAGGGAUCACUGCUUUGGGGACUCGGGAGCUCCCUUGGUUCAUCGUGGUACUAGCUACGGGAUCGUUUCCUUCGCCCAUGGCUGUGCCGAUCUGUAUUUUCCGGGAGUCUACACCAGACUGGCUAAUUAUGUAUCCUGGAUCUUGGGAGUUUUAAAAGCUGAGAAUAAAUAA